GCAGUCACCGAAGAUUGAACGUUUUCGCGCUUGGUAAAAAAAGAAAACGAUCGUUUAUAAUAUUUUGUGCUCCUGUGGAAUCAGGUGAAUAAUUUUUCACCAAUGAGUAAUAUCUACUUUUGUAUUGUGACGCUAAAAUUCUGGAACUUGGACAUGUCAUUCUCAUAUGACAAUUUAAGAAAACUGAAAAAUAUAUCAAGUGACACUACAGCAGUUAUUAUAACAAUUUCAUACAGCUCCUGUAGGCAAUCAAGGGACACCCAUUCUGUUUCAGAAUGUUAAUGCUAUUUGGUGUAAUGCUACGCCCUUUCCGAAAAAGA